CCUUACGAUAUGAGACCCAUCCGUCUUCUGAAUUUACAAUAACAUAGAAUCCUUACAGGCAACUGCUCGAUAUGCCUCCAAACGAAAUUCAAUAUUCUGACAAAUAUACAGAUGAAAAUUUUGAAUACAGACAUGUAAUUUUGCCGGCGGAAAUGGCCAAGUUGGUGCCUCGAACACACCUAAUGACGGAAACAGAAUGGAGGAAUCUGGGAGUUCAACAAAGUCCUGGUUGGAUACAUUACAUGGUCCAUAAUCCAGAGCCACAUGUGUUACUUUUCAGACGUCCAAAAGAAUAACGGCAAUCAUAAUCAGACAACCCUUAUAGUCUCCCCAGAUAUUUUUUUACAUUAUAAGAAUCAAGAUUUGCAUUCCUUUCCUUGUUAUAUUCAAUCUUGAUGCACCAACACAUGAAUCAUACUGUGACAAUGAAAACAUGCCUUUAAAUAAAUCAACUGACUAAACCCAA